CUUCUUCAUAUUUCUUCUCUUUCUCCUUGCUGAACCGUUUGAUCCUCACAUAUCCAACGGUCAUUAUUUCAAGAACUAUAGCUAAUAACUUGAAAAAUGGUGUUGAUGGUGAUAGUUUAGUCCCUUUCAUAUUCUCCCCUCCCUCUUAUUUACUUCCCUUUUAGCCAUCCUUUCUUGAUCUUGACAAUAUAUCUCUUUUCAUUUCCUCCAAUUUCCUUCUAUCUAGGUCAUUUUCUUUGGCUAUUCUUUCCCUUUUUUCAAGACAAAAAGAUCCAAACUUUGUGUUUUUCUUUAUCUCAAGAGCAACAAAAACAUACUACAACCAUGGUUGAUACUUUUGCUGAUCUCUUCCAACAAAAUGAAGAAUUUGUCGACCAUACUACUUCGAAUCCCCAUUUCGAAGGAGAUGACCUCUUUAGUAUCUUUGAGAGUUUGGAGAGCGUUGCUGAGUUCACUAUGAUCGAAGAUGAUAUUGAGCCUACUAAAGACGGCGAAGAAACCACAAGCUUGGUCUUCUCUGAGACAGAGCUUGAGACUUCGCCAAAAAGCAAGCGAUUGAAGACGACAACGGCGACAUCUCCCACCAUUGCUAUGACGACGGGUCUUUCUUCCUCGGAGGAUCCAAACCUUGACGGACCUCAAAGAAUGUCGCAUAUUACAGUGGAACGCAACCGCAGGAAGCAAAUGAAUGAACACUUGACUGUUUUGAGAUCACUCAUGCCUUGCUUCUAUGUCAAGAAAGGAGAUCAAGCUUCAAUAAUUGGAGGGGUGGUGGAAUACAUCAAAGAGUUGCAACAAGUUCUUCAAUCAUUAGAGGCCAAAAAGCAAAGGAAAGUUUAUAGUGAAGUAUUGAGCCCUAGGGUUGUUUCAAGUCCAAGGCCUAAUUUACCAAUGAGUCCAAGAAAACCACCACUAAGCCCUCGCCUUAACUUGCCAAUUAGUCCAAGAACUCCACAACCCACUAGCCCUUACAGCAAGCCUCCUCCAAGGUUGCAACAACCUCCCUCCGCUGUGGCCGCCGCCGUCGCUGGUGAUGGUGGCUAUAAUAUCUCUUCAAGUAGCUCUUGCACCAGCAAUAUUGCUAAUAAAAGCAACAACUCGUUAGAGCCAUCUCCUUGUAAUUCAUGUUCAACCACAAAUUCCUCCAUUGACAAUAUAAGUAGUAAUAAUAAUAAUAAUAAUAAUAAUGGGAACAAUAAUGAUCUUGUGGCAAAUUCAAAAUCAGCCAUAGCUGAAGUUGAGGUGAAGUUUACAGGUCCAAAUGUGGUUUUGAAGACAGUAUCUCCUCCAAUCCCUGGCCAAGCUGUGAAGAUCAUUUCUGCACUUGAACAACUCUCCCUUGAAAUUCUCCAUGUCAAGAUCACUACACUUGAUGAAACCAUGUUUAACUCAUUUACAAUUAAGAUUGGAAUUGAAUGCCAACUUAGUGCAGAGGAAUUGGCUCACCAAAUUCAGCAAACAUUCUGCUAAUUGAAGUUUGAAUAUUGAAGGGAUAAUUAUGCAUGGGGGACUUUCUCUGUCUACAGAAAAGAGUACGGAUCAUCAGAAAUAAAGUAGGAAGUGGGGAAGGCUUUUUUUUUUUAAUCACUCUUAACAUAAAUUAAUAUGUAAUUCUCUCUUUCUCUAGCUAUAAUUCUUUUUAGUUUUUUCCAACUAAAACUCUUCUACUUCUACUCAUAUAAUUUUAAUUAUU